CCCUCUCUCUCAGCAAACACAAAAAACAAAAAGGAAAACGAGAGAGCGAGUCCUGUGCCUGCGCCAGUGUGUGUGUGUGCGUGUGUUCGCGACAGCAGGAGCGACGUCAACGUCAAUCCGCUCAAUAUUUAUACAUUGAACCGAGUCUCCAGGCCCACGAGUCUUGCGGCCCUCACAACGCAGACGCUCCUGGUCCUCCGCUGGGGCCCAAAAUAAAUAACAUCUGACAGCUGCCCACAGUCCUGAAUUCGGAGUCCUGAAAGAGCACUCUGCGGUUAGGGGCUAAAAAAGAAGCAGAGCCAAAGCGUGUGGCCAUACAAUUUCCCUGGGAAAACACCAACCAAACUGAACGCGAUCCUAAAACGAAAACAAAACAAUGGGCGCCAAGGAAAGUGUCGAGGCAGCCGCCAAAAUGAACGCCGAUGGUUGGGGCCAUGUGGAGCGAUCGAGUCGCUACCACAACCAUCGGCACAACCAGCGGUCACAGUCGCUGAAUCGCGGACAGGCGCUCUCGCAGGCGGACGUGAGCGGCAUGUGGUGACAUCGGGGUGCCUCUG